AAAACAUUUUUCCUUCAUGUAAUUACUGAAAAUUUCCUACAACCGGAUAUCUUCUCUGAGACCCUGGCUAGCAGCUAAGGUGCAGUGUAAAGUUGAUCAAAGUUAGUGUGACCUCAAAAAAAAAAUGGGGAACGUUGUUGGAAGUCAAACAGAAACAAAUGCCGGAGAUGACGGAAACCAAAAAAUAACGGAGGCUAGAAAGCGCUAUCUCCAGGAAAAGUUCGAGAAAGAUGACGAAACAGCGAUAUCUGAUGCUGAUUCUAGCAGAGAGCCAGAUUUCGAUCGGAAUAGGAGCAGAAAGCCAUCCGUUUUAAACGAAAUAGAAAUGAAAGUUAUGAGUAUUAAUCCAAAAGACCAUAGUUACCCUUUUGAGAACCUUGUUUUUGAAGGAGGGGGUAGCAAGGGGCAUGCGUACGCUGGGGCUCUUAAGGCUUUAGAGGAAAUUGGACUUAUCAAACAGAUCAAACGGUAUGCCGGUGCAAGUGCAGGCGCAAUGACAGCUUCCCUUUUGGCAGUGGGAUACGACUCAAAAGAUCUCCAAGACUUCUUAACUCAAGAUUUGUCGUCACUCUUAUUAGAUUCCACGUAUGGAAAACUGAGUUAUCUACCAAAUCUCAUGUCUGGAUACGGCUGUAAUCCUGCUAAUAAAUUCUACGAUUGGUUCGGGGAACUGUUGGAAAAAAAAAUGGACGAAAAAGACGUUACCUUUGAAGAGCAUUAUAAAAAGACUGGACUAGAGCUGUGUGUCAUAGUGACUAAUGUAAACCGUAUGAGAGAAGAAUACUGUCACGUGAAGACUACACCGGAUAUGCCCAUAAGAUUAGCCGUGCGGAUGUCUAUGUCAUUGCCAGGACUGUUUCAAGCACCAAAUUACCAAUCGUACGGAGAAACAAACUUGUAUGUUGAUGGUGGAGUACUUUGUAACUAUCCAAUUCACUGCUUUGACGGAUGGUGGCUCUCCAUGGAAUCAAAAGAUAGUUUUUUAGAAAAACUCCAGCCCUUGAAUGAUCUUCCGAACGUGUUAGACAAACGGCAAAGAUUUGCACGGGACUAUAAAGAUCCAGCAAAAACGUUGGGAUUUAUUCUGUAUGCCGACGCUGAAACUGACUUGUUCCGAUACAUCUGUGAGCAAAGAAUAGGCGUUGAGCUUGAUCCAACCCCCAAUACUAAACUAGGAAGAGAAAAAAUGAAACUACAAAGAGACCAAGAAAUAGCCAAGCGAGAACACAGACGAGUUAUGUUGGCAGUCGAGGAAUUUAUGAAAGUUUUGAAGAAGCACAAUUUAAUUAAAAACCACACAAUAAAUCGGAAAGUACUAGAGGAAGUUUUCCAAUGUGAGGAAUUCUCUAUGAAGAGCAGUGAAUUGCUUUUUGGAAAAGACUGUACAGUGGAGGAUGCCUUUGAAUUUCUGGACAGAAAUAAAAAUGGCGAGAUAAACUUCCAGGAGUUAAUAAACUUUAUACAAGGAACAGGUGUAAAUUUACAGCAACGUUUUCUUGGCUACCAGAGAAAAGACAUUGAUGGACUCUUCAAUUACGCUUUAACGCUUGAAAACGCUAUCAUGACGAACGUACAACGGGCAUUUGUCAAUCGCCAAGACGUGGAUAGAACAGUGGGCAUUAAUACUGGACACGUGGGCACAUCUGAUUUUACAUUGGAAGAUGGGGAUAGGAGCUUCGCUGUUGCUCAAGGUUACAAAUCGACCAUGAUUUUUUUGAAAUACUUUGUCGCCAAGAAACUUCUGAAGGAUGCUGAAUCACUUCCAGAACUUGCCAGUUACAUGUCUAGCAGUUUAAGAAAUGACGCUAGAGAAGAAUAUGAAAAUGGCGUCUCUACGGGAAUGAUGAGUUGGACGCCAUAGUUGGUGCUCCUGCUAAGGCUACCAAUAUAAAUCUUGAUAGUAUCUACUGUAAAGAGGGAUUUGUUUGACGGACUUUUUUCUUAACUAGAUUGUAUAUUUUUUAUAACUUUGGUAAAGGACGAGGUUUACAUGUUUAGUUGAUUGUUUUCUGCGAAUAAUGAAUAAAAAAAUUGUAUUAAUGAUGU